GAGAGCUGAGCGCUGCGCAAAAGAGAAACGAAUCGCAGCAACCAACGCAUAGAGGAGGAAAAAAGUCAUGCCGCACAACAACCAAAAUUCCGACGAUGAUCAGCUGGGACCACCCAAGGCCGAUUUCAGUGCACCACCGCCAUACGAGGCCAAUGUGGGAGGGCCACAGGGCACGCUGCAGGCUCAGAUGCCCUCACUGUCGCUGACCACGCAUGUCAGCGGGCACGAGAUGGGGGGGCCGAUGCAGGGCGGCGAGUUGGUGGGAGGACAGUUGCCGCAAGAUAUGCACGGAAAGCUGCCCACCUACGAGGAGGUGCAGAUGGAGAAGUCGCUAAAUGGAGAGCUGCCGCCCGCCUUUCUGACGCUGCCUUCGAACCAACAGUUGCCGCCACCGCCGAACCCACUGCUGCCGCCCAAUCCGCUGCGCGACGGUGCGGCUGCAGUGCGUGCCGCCCAGCCGGCUCUGACGUUCAUCGCCAUCGAUGCCAGUGAUCCGGAGAACAGUCUCUCGACCACCGAUAAUUUGCUGGGCACGGACAUUAUGUUCAUCACGGCCUUCAUUGUGGCCUUUCUGUUCAAUUGGAUCGGCUUCCUGAUGCUCACCUGUUUCUGUCACACAAUCGCCGCCCGGUACGGCGCCCUCUCUGGCUUCGGCCUGUCGCUGGCCAAAUGGACCUUGAUCGUAAAGCACUCGACGGACCUGGCCUCCCACGAGAAUUCCUGGCUUUGGUGGUUGAUCUGUGCCUUUGGCUUCCUGAUCAGCAUACGCGCCCUCAUCCAGUAUGUGAGCAUCAAGCGGUCGUGGCGCCUCCUAUCGGCCUCGGCCCAGGAACGGUUGCUAUUCUUCUACUAGGUGCGGGGUCAGGCGACGUCGCCUGUGGCGGAUGCCAUGUAAAUACGUUAGAUGUACGAAGAGAGCGAUAGCGAGAGAGAGCAAGUAGUUUGGAAUCGGCGUCCCAGGAGUGACAGACGUUGCGUAUGACCCUAAUCAUCCUUCCGAGCAGCCUCAUCCCAAUUCCCAACAAAUCCUAAUUCGAGCAGUCCGUCAGCGCAUAACACACACACACACACACACACAUACAACAACAGCAAAAACCAAUAUCGAUGCGAACUUAUUCGGGGUUAGUGUUUUCUCUAGUUACUGUGUUAAAUAGCGCAACUUAGUCCACGGAUCCCAUCCCCCCAUAGAUUUAGCAUUACAGAAAAAAGAAACGUUAACUAAAUGUGUGGGUUGAGCAGUGUGGGGGGUGGAGGAGCCACGCCACCCUGCAGGCAACCAAUUGAAUCUAAAUGUAAAUGUAUGUGAAUGUGUUAUGGAUAUCUCUCACCUGUAUUACGCGUAGCUUAGACCACCACCAAUCCCACUACCCCCCGGGCACCCGGGCCCCUAAUCCCUUAGGCCAGCUAGUGGCGGCCCCGGUCCAACACUUGCACCACAAACAAACAAAGACACAAAACAAACACCAAAAACAAAAAAAAAUGAAUAGAAGGAAAGAAAUGUAAGAGAAAUGGAGAAAAGAUAUGCCACCCAUAUUUUUUUUUUGUUGAGCCUACUUUACGCUGUGGUACUUAAUUAAUUAACUACACAAAAGCCAGCAGUAAUACGGAAUGCUAAACACACAAAACAAAACAACUAUUGCUAGUAUAUGUAUGUACGAUUAUUGCCUAUUAUAACGUUUACAAUUAAUACGUUUAAUCCCUUUGUAUGUAAAUUAUACAAUGCAUGUGCAUUGUAAAGGGCGCAUCGUCUAUUGUCCCCCACACAGGAGAUGCGUCAGUUUUAUGCAAAUUCAAUAAAAGUCGAAUGAAGUCAUUCAAAUUCA